ACUUGAAAGUGUGGGGUGCCCGGUGCCACCAUAGAUGUGUCAUUCCUCUCCUAUGAUUAACAAUAUUUUAUUUGUCGGGUUUAUCGAAAUUAGGGAAAGGGUUUCCGGAUCCCAAUACGGGUUCUACCUAUAUGUCUAAUUACCACCAUUGUUGUCGCCUAAACUCAAUCUGAAGAAACCAUUUUUACUUUCGAAUCCCCAAUUCAACUCGUUCUCUCUAUUCCGUUUUCAAUCCAAUUCAUCAAUGUUCCAAUUCGAGAAUUUGAAGAAACAAGUGUAAUCUUCUUAGCGUGUGGAAUGUGCUUUUGUUUGCUUUGAAAACGGUAGGGUAGCAAAAUUUGGGAUCAUGAUUGUAAAGGAGCAUGCUGUUGGGACUGAACUGGUAAUGAGUAAUGUCAUUGGGGAGGAGGAAAUUGAUUUUUCUUGUGAUCCAUACGUAGGGUUGGAGUUUUUCCAUGCGGAUGAUGCGCUUAGGUAUUAUAUAUCAUACGCUACUCGAAUGGGAUUUAAAGUUCGUAUUGGUCAGCUUUAUCGAUCCAGGACUAAUGGAUCGGUUUCUUCUCGAAGAUUUGUGUGCUCGAAGGAGGGACAUCAGCUCAGCUCAAGAACUGGCUGUCCAGCAUUCAUAAGGGUGCAGUUAAAUGAUUCUGGAAAGUGGGUUGUUGAUCAUUUUCACAAGGAGCAUAACCACAACCUUGAAAAUGAAAGUGAAAAUUUCGCUCCAUCAUUGCAGCCAAUAGCUUCUGCCACCGUUGAUUCUUCAACUGGAAUCACUCGCAGGCCAAGGAAGAAAUUGCUUGAAGUAGCCAAUGGUGAACCUAUUUGUCCCUUUGGUGUUAUUAAUUUCAAGCGUCUGAGAAAAGAAGAACUUGAAGGACAGGCCAGGAUCGAACCACAUGUGGGUCAAGAGUUCAGUAGCCCUGUUGAAGCCUACCAAUUUUAUCACGCCCAUGCAGCAUAUAAGGGUUUUAGAAUUCGAAAUGGUCAAUUGUUCCGUUCUAAAAAUGACGGGGGUAUUACAUCACGACGCUUUGUGUGUUCAAAAGAAGGGUUCCAGCACCCUUCAAGAGUUGGUUGUAAGGCCUAUUUAAGGAUUAAGAGACAGCCAUCAGGAAAGUGGGUAGUCGACCGUCUUGAAAAAGAUCAUAAUCAUGACCUGAGCCCUGAAAAGGAACAUAGGACAGCAAGUCUUCCUGCUUCUAAUAUUUUAACUGAGGAGGUAAACACUGAAUUGGUGAACAGCGAUAUAUUUAGGAUAGAUAACUACCCUGUCCUGAGAGGGGGUAGACAAAAUCACAUCAGAAGUGAUUGGUAUAACAUGCUUUUAGAGUAUUUUCAAUCAAGACAAGCUGAAGAUACAGGUUUCUUUUAUGCCAUGGAAGUUGAUAAUGGCAAUUGCAUGAGCAUAUUCUGGGCGGAUGGCAGAUCUAGAUACUCAUGUAGUCAGUUUGGCGAUGUCCUCGUUGUAGACACAUCGUAUAGAAAGAGCCUCUCUAUGGUACCAUUUGCUACCCUUGUGGGGGUUAAUCACCACAAACAACCUGUCCUUCUUGGAUGUGCUCUAAUUGCCGAUGAAUCUGAAGAGUCAUUCACUUGGCUGUUACAGACAUGGCUAAGAGCAAUGUGUGGUCGGCAGCCUCUCUCAGUAAUAGCUGAUCAAGACGUUUCAAUCCAGAGAGCAGUAGCAAAAGUAUUUCCAGUAACCCAUCACCGCUUUUCAUUGUGGCAAAUUAAUGCAAAGGAACAAGAGCUUGCAGGUCUGAUGGGUCAUGGAUUCACAAAAGAUUAUGAAAAGUGUGUUUACCAGAGCCAGACAGUUGAUGAAUUUGACACCGCGUGGAAUGCUCUACUCAUCAAAUAUGGAUUGAAGGACAAUUCUUGGCUAAAAGAAAUGUACGAGAAACGUGCAUCCUGGGUUCCGUUCUAUAUAAAGAGCACAUUUUCUGCUGGAAUUCCUUUGAAAGAAAGCAUGGAAUCAUUCUUUGGUGCACUUGUAAAUGGUCAAACACCUCUCCCAGAGUUCAUUCAACGGUACGAAAGAGGUCUUGAGCGACGUCGUGAAGAAGAAAGAAAAGAGGAUUUUAACACUUCUAAUUUUCAAACCUUUUUGCAAACAAAAGAACCUGUAGAAGAACAGUGUAGAAGGCUUUACACUCUUGCAAUAUUCAAAGUAUUUCAAAAAGAGCUUUUGCAGUGCUAUAGUUAUCUUGGGUUUAAAAUCUACGAAGAAGGGCCCCUUAGCAGAUAUUUGGUGCGCAAGUGUGGAAAUGAGGAUACGGAGAAGCAUGUAGUUACAUUCAAUGCAUCCAAUAUUGAUAUUAAUUGUAGCUGUCAGAUGUUUGAAUAUGAAGGUGUUCUUUGUAGACAUGUGUUGAGGGUUUUCCAAAUACUGGAAUUAAGAGAAGUUCCUUCGCGCUACAUCCUACACCGCUGGACCAGAAAUGCUGAGGAUGGUGUUUUUCCUGACAUAGAAUCAUGGAGUAGCUCCCAGGAGCUAAAAAGUUUGAUGCUAUGGAGUCUAAGAGAAACGGCAUCUAAAUACAUAGAUGCUGGCGCAUCAUCCAUUGAAAAGUAUAAACUUGCCUAUGAGAUUUUGCGUGAGGGUGGGAGAAAGCUUUGCUGGCACAGGUGAAUAGUUCCAAGUUCUGUGAGGUUGUACAAAGUUGCACACUUAACUUUUUAGCUUAAGUUGUUCAUUUAUAGUACCAUCUUUUAUCCAUCUUAGUAGUUCUACACUUUCGUGUUAAGUAAUGUGUUGUUAAGAUUAUCCUUUACAGCAGCUACAGUACACUCAAGUUGUUGGAGGCCCAAUUUUGUUCAUAUUGCUGGUAUUGACCUUUGCCAUCAUAAUUUACAUCUUAGGAGUGAAAUAGGUUUCACCUUAAUUA